AUGACUCAAACCCGAGAAUGUGAAGAGAAUGGAUUCCAUGGUCUUGAUCUUCGAGUGCAGCCGCCUCUUGUCUCUGGGUUGCAUGUACAAAACAAUGCUCACUGUCCAACUUCUAUCAGAAAGGGGCCUCUGAUAAAGUUGAUACGUGGGACAAAGAGGGGUGGAAAAGACGCCCAAGAUAGGAAGCCUUCAUCAUGUUUGGUUCGCAGAUUUGUUGCUAUAUACUUGGCUAUUGAGUGGGCUUCAAUCCUCGAAGAGGCUCUGAAAAUCCCUAGUCCUGACUAUGAAAGGAGCGAAGAAUCUGAGCGCUUCAUCAGACAAGCCGUCAGCCGUCAGCCGUCAUCAAAGCAAGAGGCGCAAAAAGCUGUAUUCAGAAAGCCCACUGAGAAUGCCGUCUCCUCCAGCACUUCUCUACGGAAGAUCCCCUCCCCAAUCGACGCCCUGUGA